CCCCGGCCAGAUCCACCUCCCCGGCCGCCCGCCCGCCCGCCUCCCAGCCCCCCCUAGCUCCUCCGCAUCCAGAUCCUGCGGCCGGUAAUGGCGCCGUUGCCUCCGCAUCCGCAAGCAGCGCCGCCGCUCUGAGCCGCUCUCCACGCAUCGCGGAGUCUCCGUCUCCGUCGCCGUCGCCGUCGCCGGCCACCCCACCGCUGCCUCGACCACGCCCCCUACCCACCCGAGGUUGAUGUUGAAGACCUAUAGAGCUCAAAAGACCCAGAUGGUACUACUGGCAUAAUGCAGCCUUCAGACAUUUGGAAGGCGCAUGCGUCGCAGCAGCAGCAGUCGGAGGGGUCAGGGCUGGACAUGGAGAGGAACAACGGAUGCAACGGCCAUAACUGCUGCCCGUCCCCUCUCCAGCCCGUCGCCUCAGCUGGUCAGCACUCCGAAAGCAGCGCCGCCUACUUCUCUUGGCCCACGUCUACGCUGAUGCACGGCUCCGCCGAGGGCCGCGCCAACUACUUUGGGAACCUGCAGAAGGGCGUGCUGCCGGGACACCUUGGCCGCCUGCCCAAAGGCCAGCAGGCCACCACCUUGCUCGAUCUCAUGAUUAUAAGGGCGUUCCACAGCAAGAUCCUGCGCCGCUUCAGCCUUGGCACGGCCAUAGGCUUUCGGAUCAGGAGGGGCACGUUGACCGACACGCCUGCCAUCCUCGUGUUUGUUGCUCGCAAGGUUAACAAGAAGUGGCUCAGGCCUACGCAGUGCCUUCCAGCCGCCCUUGAGGGACCUGGGGGUGUGUGGUGUGAUGUUGAUGUUGUUGAGUUCUCUUAUUAUGGUGCACCAGCACCGACUCCAAAGGAACAAUUGUAUGACGAGCUUGUUGAUGGGCUGCGGGGUAGUGAUCCAUCUAUAGGCUCUGGUUCACAGGUAGCUAGUCUUGAAACAUACGGGACUUUGGGUGCCAUCGUGAAGAGUCGAACUGGCAACAAGCAAGUAGGCUUCCUAACGAACAGACAUGUUGCAGUUGACCUGGAUUAUCCUAAUCAGAAGAUGUUCCAUCCGUUGCCCCCUAAUCUUGGACCUGGAGUUUACCUCGGUGCUGUUGAGAGAGCCACAUCUUUUAUCACGGAUGAUGUUUGGUAUGGUAUCUAUGCGGGAACGAACCCAGAAACAUUUGUCCGUGCUGAUGGUGCAUUUAUACCAUUUGCGGACGACUUUGACAUUACCAAUGUCAGCACCUCAGUUAAAGGAGUUGGACUCAUCGGUGACAUCAAGGCAAUCGAUCUGCAGUCCCCGAUUGGCAGUCUCAUCGGGAAGCAAGUUGUGAAAGUUGGAAGAAGCUCAGGCCAUACGACAGGGACCGUCAUGGCAUAUGCUCUUGAAUACAACGACGAGAAGGGCAUAUGCUUUUUCACCGACUUCCUUGUCGUCGGGGAGAACCAGCAAACGUUUGAUCUUGAAGGGGACAGCGGAAGCCUUAUAAUCUUAACAGGACAAGAUGGUGAGAAGCCACAGCCUAUAGGGAUUAUAUGGGGUGGCACGGCCAACCGCGGAAGGUUGAAGCUGAAAAGUGGGCAGGGCCCAGAGAACUGGACGAGUGGUGUUGAUCUGGGGCGCCUUCUUGACCUCCUCGAGCUCGAUCUGAUCACGACAAGCGAAGGGCUGCAAGAGGCCCUGGAGGAGCAGAGGAUCACGGUGGCGGCGGCCAAUUCUACGGCCACCGAGUCGUCGCCGCCCGUGGCCACCACCCCGCAAGAAGCCGAGAAAGUGGACAAGAUCUACGAGCCCCUGGGGAUCAACAUCCAGCAGCUUCCACGGGACGGCUCUGCCAACUCGACGGACCAGCCCUUUGGGCCCGACGAGUUCCACGUCGACACGGUGGAUGGGGUAAACAGCAACGUGGAGGAGCGGCAGUUCAUCCCGAACCUGAUGGGCAUGUCCCCGAUGCGUGACGAGCAAGGAGGCAACGGCGAGCUGGAAAACAACUGCAACCUGGAGAGCUCGGCGGAGGACAUCUGCUUCUCGCUGCACCUGGGCGAGCGGGAGCCCAAGAGGCUCCGCUCCGACACGACGACGGUGGACAUAGACCUGCAGAAAUGAGAGAGGGGCCGUGGCAUCUUGUUCCUUUCAUCGUGCCCCUCUGUAUGCGUUGUUGUUGUUGUUGGAUUGGAGGCGAUUGCGAUUUGUGGAUGGAAAAAUAAAACCCCAUUGAUCGAUCUGUGAGAUGAGAACCUGCUGUUGUAUUGCUCGCUGGGACCCGACCGACAGAGUUUUACUACAGCAGUAGUUUCAGGUGAAAACGAUGGCGCUGUCA